AUGAUGUCUUUUGAAGAAAUAACAUUGGGAUUACAGCCUAUACUCAAUUCUACUUCGGCCCAAGAUAUACCAAUGCAAGAUGCAUAUUUACAAAGCUAUCUGACUAUUUUGGAACAAUUAGCCAUUUCCCUGAGGUCUCAUGAAAAUAGAGAAUUUGCCAGAGAAUCUGGACUUAUGUCCCAUAUACUCAUUACUUCAGAGCGUGUUUUAGACCAUUGCUUUCACGGUUCUGAUAAUAUUGCUGAUAGAUUACCUUGGUUUGAGCUAGCUUCCGAAUUAAUCAGGUGUAUAGCCAAUUUUUUGGUAGAUAACGAUGCAAAUAGAGAGUUUUUUUUAGGUGACAGUUAUUCUGAGAGGAGGAUUCAGAUUCUAGAUUACUAUAUUCCUCGUAUUUUGAAAUUAACUGAUUUAGCUGGAAAGGAUGACAUGCUUUCUGAUUUGCAAAUGAGGUGCAUUGUGCUAAUUAAAAAUUUAUGUCUAGAAAAUGAAGGGCGAACUAAGAGAUUGAGUAAAUUUAUCAAGGGACCGCUUUUGAGCUUCUUAAAACUCAAUCAAAAAUUGUAUUCGGAGGAGAUUAACACCUUCGUGUUAGGUGCUGACUUGUUGGCUGAAUUUAUAGAAACAAAUGAUGAGCUAAUUGAUGUUCGAGACCUUUCUUUUUUUGCCCAAAUGAUUGAGUUAUUAUCUAAGAACGUUAUAGCAGUUGCUAACUCCGAGGAUAUGGAGCUUAACGAAGAAAUUGAAGAGAACACCGAAGAAGGGGAAGAAGAAGAGGAAGAAGACCCGAAUACAGAACUACUAUAUGACUUUACACAAAUGCUAGAAAUGUCUGUGUCCAAUGAAAAGGUGGAGCUUGAUUUUUCAAUAUAUCCCGACAGUGUUACAAAAAUUCAAAACAGAUUGUUGAAUUCGCUUGAAAUUUUGAGUCCCAAAGCAUUUCAGAAUAAGUUGAUUGCAAUGAGAAGAAUAGUCUCUAGCGGUGGUCACAUUUCUGCGAACCGUACUCAUUCAAAUAAAGACCAACGACAAUUAUGCCAAUCUUACAUAUUAUCCUCACAAAAUGGAUAUACCCUGGCUGCCGCAUUAAUCAUAUUAUCAAAUUCUAUAGAGUCUAGAGAAAGUGCAGAUAUGAUAUUAGACACCAUUCCAUUGACAAAAUUUAUAGAAAUUUCAAAAUAUUUCAGUGAUCCAAUGCAAUACCAGGGAUACCUGGACAUAAUGAGAAAAUUGCUAAGUAUUUCAAACGCAGUGUUAUUGUCACAGGAACAAAUGGAAACCAUUUCACUUUUUUUGAAAGUUUCUGCCGAUCAGACUAAAUAUUUUCAGCAUCUUGCUCCACUAUUGGAUAGUUAUUUGAAGAAGUUAUUAACUGUUUCUCCGAGCUCCGUAUUAGUUAGGACAAUCAACCAAACGAAUAGUAACCUUUUACAGGUUGUCUUAGAUAGGGGAAGUCUAAUAGCAUGCCUAUUAUUAGAUAAAUUACUCGUAGCUAAAGUGGCAACGAACGAUGAUAGUUUGUCAAAGAUUUGGGAAGUAGUUUUCAAAUUUCAAGAUUCAAAUACGAGAAAUGAGAAUGACAUAUCAAUAUCAAAUCUAUUCCAACUGAGCAAAACGAUCGGGAUUUUUUUGAGGAAUUGUGAUAUUCAUGAGGUUAAAGGUAAGGAUAAUGUUGUCUUCAGGAAAUUUGGGACACAACUCACUCUUUUAAUGGAAACAAUCGCUACACUAAACGGCAAGAUUGACAAGGGCAGUGAAAGCGUUCUCAACAACGGAAAAUUCGCUGCAGGUAUGAUAUUAAGCUUGCUGUCGAAAGAAGAAGCAUUGACUAUUCAAGAAGAGAAGCUUAGAGAAAUAUCGAAGUCUUUCUUUUCACUGGGACCUGCAGUUUAA